AUGAUGGAGAAAGGACAAGUUGUUUCCAUGCGACUCUUCGCGAACUGGGAAAUGGAUCGAGCCAGUUCUAGUGUUGUACAAAGGGUAUGCACUUUGAGCUUGAAUCGUAUCGUGAUACACUCUUUGUCCAGCCAGAUCCAAUCCAUUGUUAUAACUGCAAAGUUGGAGGGAAACAAGAGGAGCUUGCGAAGCAACGAAAUCCGUGUGGCACCCGUUCAUGGACGUGUCGAUUUAGAUCUAGACAUCUCUUUCACCAUCCAGGUAUGCUGCAGAGGGCUAAUGUCUCGUAGACGAGCUUACAGUCAAAUUUUUGAACGAAACGUUAGUCACGAUUGCAUCCCAAUCUAUCCUAUUUCUUCACAGUUUUUCGAUUAAUG